AAUGGUUGUAUGUGGUUAUUGAAAAUUAUUGUUCUCGGCGCCGACGCUGAAGAUCAGCAUCUCUGUGGCCCAGCAUUGUGGGCCUGACCGCUGUUGCUGUGCAACGGGCGCUCAGUAAAUAACAUUUCAUUUCGUCUAGGGAAUAACGUGCGUACUUCGUGCAAAACAUUUGAUGAGCAAAUAUGUAGAAAAUAUAAGAUGCAUUUGUUUGUGGGAAUGAAGAAUAUAGAAUACAGAAUAUGUGCUGUUCUUUCUUUGUCAUUGUCCCCACCAAUCUGGAUAUUACUCACUAUCAUUGAACAACUAAUGUUGUCGAAGAUUGGCACUUAAAACUUUUAAAAAUAAUAAAACUGUAUGCAGUCAAUGGCAAUGAAAAUAUAAGAAGUAUAAAAAGAAAAAAAAUGUUAUGUUUCAACUUUUCUUUGCUAAUACUGCUUCUGUUAAUUCAAUUUGAUGUUGGCGAAUCACAAACUGAUAUGAAAAAUAAUUCGACAACGGUACCUACUUUAUGUAAUCAGUGCUUGGAGUCAGAUUCGUGUCAAUUAAAUUCUACUUCAGACAUUUAUCAUUGUGAUGAAACAUACUGUAUACCAAAAUCGUUUGUUUGUAACGGCAUACCCGAUUGUCUUCGUGGCCAAGAUGAAGCUGUAUCUGAAUGUGGAUGUUUACAAAACGAGUACCGAUGUAAGAACAAAUGUAUUGAAUUGGUUAAAAGAUGUGAUAAAAUUGCUGAUUGUGAUGAGGGAGAAGACGAAAUCGAUUGUAAAACACAUGUUUGUCCAACAACACACUUUAAAUGCGCGAAUUAUUUUUGUAUACCUACUGAUAAAACAUGUGAUUUUAAAGAUGAUUGUGGUGAUGGAUCAGAUGAACUUCAAUGCAAGCACAGAGAAUGCUGGCAUGGGGAAUUUAAGUGUAAAAAUUCGGAAUGUAUUCGUCCUGGAUAUCUAUGCGAUGGUGAAGUUAAUUGUGUAGAUGGUUCUGAUGAAGAAAACUGUGAAAUAAGCGAUUUUAUUAAGUGCGGUGGGAGUCAUUCAGUACACUCAACGUUUUGGUGUGAUGGAUGGCCAGAAUGUAUUGAUAAUCAUGCUGAUGAAUUAUUAUGUAACAUGACGUGUUCGGAGAAUAAGUUUCAGUGCCCAAAUGGAAGAUGUAUAAACGAUGCUAAUGUAUGUGAUGGACAAUGCGACUGCUUACAAAGUAUCGAUGGAGACUGUGCCGACGAAAUUAAUUGCACAGCGUUUUAUAAUAAAACCGAUGAUGUGGUUGUGUGCACAACGGGAUCAACGCUAAGUUGCUGGAUGCCUGAGGGAAAUCCUUCGCGUUGCAUACGCCAAAAAUAUAUUUGUGAUGGUCAAAAUGACUGCUUUAAUGGAUUUUCCAUUUCAGAUGAAUUUGGCUGCGAUAAGCCAAAUUCGCAUUUAAAUGAUGAAUUUUUCAAGUGUAAGGAUGGCAGAUGGUUGCCGUUUAAACACCGUUGUAACUUUAAAGCAGAAUGUUUAGAUGGCGACGAUGAAGCGGAUUGCGAAGUUUCCUUACCGUGUGACGAAGAUCAGUUCCGGUGUGCUAGUGGCGAAUGUGUGAAAUCCGAGAACCGCUGCGACGGCCGUACCGAUUGUUGGGAUAAGAGUGACGAAAUUGGAUGUAUGACAGUUCCAUGUCCCAGUCAACAUUGGCGGAGGUGUGAGAUCGGUAAACAGUGUGUACCAAUAGAAAAAUGGUGUGAUUAUGCAGUUAACUGUAUGGACGGUUCUGACGAGAAAAACUGCCAAUAUAGGUUAUGCAAAAAUGACGAAUUUCAAUGUGACAGUGGUCAAUGUAUUCCGUUAGAGUAUAAAUGUAAAAAAUAUCGAGAAGAACAAAUGGGUUGCGUAGACAAAUCACACCUAAGAAAUUGCGAUGAUUCUAAAUGCGCUGAAGAUGAAUUCAAAUGUCAUCGAGGGCCUUGUAUACAUCAGUCUAUGGUGUGCGAUGGGCAAUUGGACUGUGAUUUGACUUGGGACGACGAAGACAAUAAUUGUUAUUUCAUGUGUUCGAAUAUAGCAUCUGGCUGCCAGUGCCAAGAUGUCCAUAUUAAUUGUACUGGUCACGGGCUUGGCCAAUUUCCGUACGACGUCGAAAAAGAAAUCACCUUUUUCCAUUUGGGUGGUAAUAAUUUUUCCGAGGGCCUUCGUGAAAAUACUUUUCAACAUUUGGAUCGCUUGGUUUAUUUAGACUUGAUGAAUAACUCAAUAAAACAUUUGGAGCCAUUUCUGUUUUCCACGCUUUGGCGUUUAAAAACAUUAAACUUACAAAAUAACAAAAUAACGAUUUUGCAAAAUUGUUCGUUUAUGGGACUCGGUCAGCUAACGGGAUUACAUUUACAAGGGAACAAUAUUUACAAGUUGAGUUCAAUGGCAUUUCGAGGGUUGUCUUCUCUGAUUACACUCGACUUAAGCAAUCAAAACAUUACGGAUAUCGAAUCUGAAGCUUUUGUUGGUCUUAGAUCGUUAAAAAGUUUAGAUCUAUCAUAUAACUCUCUCACUUAUAUACGGGAUGGCACGUUUCGCGGGAUGCCUCAAGUUGUAUUUCUAAACCUUAAGAAUAAUCAAUUGAGAGUCAUAGACAAGAACGUUUUUUUUACUAUGCCGUUACUCGAAACACUGUUUACCGACGAGUUUCGUUUCUGUUGCUUGGUCCGAUAUGUGAAACAAUGCGAACCGCAGCCUGAUGAAUUUAGCUCAUGCGAAGACCUGAUGUCCAACAUCGUGUUACGGGUGUGUAUUUGGAUACUGGCUGUGGUUGCGAUUACCGCUAAUUUGUUAGUGAUUGUGUUCCGGGCCAAAUACAAGCAUACCAACCAAGUACACUCGUUCCUCAUUGUAAACUUGGCAUUAGGCGACUUCUUGAUGGGUUCAUAUCUGCUAGUGAUAGCUGUGGUCGACUGGUACUAUCGUGGCGUGUACUUUAUUCAUGACUCUGACUGGCGACAAAGUUCCAUGUGCAACGUGGCUGGUUUUAUAAGCACAUUUUCUAGUGAGCUAUCUGUGUUUACGUUGACCGUGAUCACUCUGGAAAGGUUAUUGGUAAUCAUAUUUCCGUUCAAAGUCCGACGCUUGGAAAUGGAUUUCACGCGUAUAUUGAUGGCCGUAUGUUGGUUACUAGCAAUAAUUAUAUCUGGCAUUCCACUAUUCAACAUUCAUUAUUUCAGAAAUUUUUAUGGACGGUCUGGCGUGUGUUUAGCAUUGCACAUUACUCCAGACAAACCCAACGGUUGGGAGUAUUCUGUAUUUAUAUUUCUAUUUGUAAAUCUGGGUUCGCUGUUGUUGAUAUCCGGGAGCUACCUUUGGAUGUUUUUCGUUGCUAAAAUGACUCAUCGUGCCACAGAAACCCUAAUACGACAUCGAUCCCUCAGUGAGUCUGCAAUGGCCUGGCGGAUGAGUCUGUUAGUGGCUACGGACGCUGCGUGCUGGGUGCCCAUCAUAGGAUUAGGAUUGUGGUCUUUGGCUGGAUUCACCGUGCCCCCUCAAGUGUUUGCUUGGGUAGCUGUUUUCGUGUUGCCUUUGAACGCGGCGGUAAACCCUGUGCUUUACACACUUUCUGCGGUUCCGAUAAUCCGUCGUAGUGUAGUGUCAAACAGAAGAGCGGUGUCGCUCAGACGGUCUGUGACUAACGACCCACAUCGCACAAUGUCCACAACCAUGGUGCCUCCUUCUGUUCAAUAUAAUGGCGAUAAAGUGACUUUUUCAUUAGUAACAAAAAUCCCACAUAGAGGUCCUGAAAUCAUUGAGACAGAAAUGACUACAAAUGGCCGUUCGAUUACGUUUGGAAAAAUGAUAUGAAUAAUAAAAUUAUAAAUUAGGUGGUAUCUUUAAAGUAACUUUAGAGGAGUCGAUGCCUGUAAAUCUAUAUACCUAUUACCUAUAGGUAUAUAUACGCGUUGUUUAUCCAUAUAGGUUCUAUAUUAUAUUUACACAUAAUUAUCCUAUGUUGGAAAUGUGAAAUAAUUAUAUUCAAUACACAUCCCUUUGCUCAAACGUUAAUAAUACACUAGAGACAUUGUUACACAUAAAGUUAACGUGUGCACUUCGUAACUGUUAUUUAAUUUCUAUAUGUUCUGUUUGAAUUAAGUUUACUCAUUUCCACGUACUAUUGACCCUAAUAUAUAAAUGUAUAAAAAAAAUACUAGAAAGCCAAUUGUAAAAAAAAUAAAAAUUAAAGAGGUGAAAAUUUACAAAAUAUAAAAUGAUAAACUAAAAUAAAAAUAAUAAAUCGUUUUUAUAACUCUUGAUCAGUGUAAAGUAAAUGCAUAGAUGUAUAAUAUAUUUGUAUAUAAAUGUGACUAUUUAUCUUUUAGAUAAUAGAUUUUUUCCCAUUUUCGAAUUUAAAAUUAUUUCUAAGUUAGCUAUCUAGUAUUUUUGUAUUUAUGUGGCCCAUUAUCAUAAAAACAAUGCGGCAAUACAGCUUAGGGCUCAAUACGCAUAUACCUUUUAUGGUUGCGACGUUUGACACCAGCGCUAGUAGAGUCAAUAACAUUUAUGAGAAGGGGUGUUUGGUGACCAGUUUUUCGCCAGUCGAGUGGGUAUUGACUUGCACAAAGUAUAAUAUUAGAAGUAUAUAUACUAAAUUUUAUAGGUUUAACAUCUUAAGAAUUUAUAUUUGUUUUAUGUAUUUUUUAUUUAAUUUCUAUGGCUUAUUUUAUAUAUUCAAACCAAUUACCUAUUAGUUUUUAAAUAUUUUAUUGUUAAUUUAUGUAUACCAAAUUAUUGUCCAUAUACAUAUUUCCCAUCAUAGAUUAUAAUUAUUAAUAAUAUUGUAAUAUUAAGAAUGUAAUACAUUUUCCUUAUAGUUUUAUUGUAACAAUACAUUUUUUUAAAUUAUUAAAAGUGAUUAAGGGAUGUAUUAAAUGUUUGUAUAAGAUCAACUAGAUGUGAAACAAAAAAUAUUUUAUGAUAUUUAUACUUAUAUCAUUAUAAGCGAUUGCCAAUUUAUUCAUAUGAGUUUUAAUAUUACACUCGCACAAUUACUGAAGUACCAAAUAUUAAAGUAUUUAAAAAUAACAGAAUUGAUAUUGUAAAAACAUGAAAACAAUAAAAAAGGUAUAAAAUGAUAAAGAAAAUCACUAAGAUGGAAAAUUAAUACAAAAUAAGUCAAAUGUUUUCAUAGGACAUGUUUUGUAAAAUCGAUUGAACAAAUGAAUAUAUUUUUAAAUAAAAAUUAAACUUUAAGAACAUAAACAUAAAAUUAAAAUGUAUAAGGUAGGUACAUACAAUAUUAAUAGUAUUUAAAUUUCAUAAAGAAAAUAUAUUGAACAAAAUUGUCUACAUUUUUAUAUAGAACGAAACAAAAAUCCUGAGAUGCAAUUUGAUCAUUAGAAUGGUAAAACAUCUGAUUUGAUCCAAAAUAUAAUAUCUUUUAUUUUAAUACACAGUAAGAAAAUUAACAUCAUGUAGUGGUUGGUUUUGAUUGUAUUCAUUAGAAAAUUGCUAAACAGAACUUAGCUCCUAACUUUAAUUUUUAUAAUUUAUCAUAUAAUUAAAAAAUAUUUUUAUUGUAUUAA